UUGAAAAGCACGAAUGUCUGCAGGCGUCCGCCAUAAUGUUUCCUUCGAAACGAAUAAUAUAGUUCUUAUUGCUCUUGUAGCAAUUCGCUCUAUUCGCUAUUCAAAAUGGCGACCGUAUUACGAACACACUCCGCGUUUGCGCGACUUUUAGUCGGAAAAAAUGGACGAAUCUUGAACAACUCACUUGAUUUGGGUGCAAAAUUAUUGCCGGAAUCACAAUUGGCACUAUCUUCAAAACAUUACUCUAGUUACGGAAAAUCACCGUUUGUGCGUAAAAUCAAAGAGCAAUAUAAUUAUGAAAUAGAAAAGAAUCCGCCAGAAUGGGAAUACGUCAAACGUUUGCUGCCGUUUACUACUAUACCUAAGAUAAUUCCCAAAGAUAGUUAUCCUUCAGGAUGGGUCCCCCCAAAAGAAGAGGCGUUAAACCAUCCAUACUUUUUAUCAAGAACAAAAAAUGCUGAGCUACCUAUCUAUUUAAAGAUUACUUACAGGGGAAUGCGUAAAAUAUCCAUAAUAAGAAAAAUUGAAGGCGACAUAUGGCUUUUGAACGAUGAAAUCAAACAAUAUUUAAAACAGAAGAACAAGAGAUACGUAGAAACUAGAGUCCAUGAAGUUGCGCGGUUGAUUGAAACUAAAGGGGAUUAUGUAAAUGAUUUACGAGAAUGGGCCCUAUCCAAGGGUUUUUAAAUGUAGUUUUUACUUAAUAGCCAAUGUUGGUAAUUCCUAAUAAAUUUUUUAGUGUAAAAAUAUUUUUGU